GACUACAUUUCCCUUGAAGUUCAAACGCUGGGGAAUGGACUCGGCAUUGACAACCCGAGCUUCGCCUCGCCAUAAAGCUAAAUGCUGGAUGUUGCUUUUUGGCAAGAAAUUACAUUUGUUUGGGAUGAUUAAUGACAUGCGUCAAGUGAGAUAAAGAUAAGUAUUGAACAAUCUGACGCAGUUCGCCGUGUUUAGGAAGUAAAAGGAAAGAAUAAUCGUAUGUUAAUUGCUAGCACCAUGUUGCAUGAAUUAAUACAUGGAACAGACGCCGGGUGGUUGCUUUUAAUACAAGAUUCCUGCAGUUGUUCAGGACGGCGGCUUCUAUGGAGCUUCAUCAAGGCUGCGAUCAGGGAUGAAGUAGUCCAUGUCCUCAGCUUUGAGAGUAGUGAAGAUGAAAUGAAAGAAGGCUUGAAAGAUUUACCCUUUGAAAGGGUCCACUUUCAUGAUGGUCACAGCGACCCCCUUGGCUGGACCAGGGGCGACACCGCUUUUACGGUGGAUCGCUUCUGUUCAGAGGAAAUAACAUGUCUUGUCAAGCAGUCAUCACAACUCAGACCAGCUAUACUCGUCAUUGACUCGCUUUCAUGGAUUCUGAGACACCAUAGCACGCCUGCUGUCUGCCAGACCCUCCAGCAGCUUAAAAGAGGAGGAGCCUUACGAAACAUUGUUGCCCUCCUCCAUUCUGACUUGCACCAGUUGGGAACAGCGGCAAGUUUGUGUCACUUGGCGACAUCUGUCAUCACCGUGGCCGCUGGCCCUAAUGGGAAUGAGGCGAAGAUAACAAAGCGCUUGAAAUCGGGGAAGGUUUUGCAGGACGAGGAUAUUUUUACCAUAAAGGAGGAUCUUACGGUCAUCAGACAGAGCAAACCGAGCAAUGCGGUGCAGGUGCAGGAUCAGGAGACUGACCCGACUGCCAAUCUGACCUUCAACCUCAGACUGUCUGAGGCUGAGCGUGAUGCUAAGGAGAAGCUACCGCUUCCGUUUGUCUUCAGUCACCAGAAGAAAGAAGCACUGUUAAACCCAGGCGCUGGAAGAGGAAGAAUCACCUACGAGCCUGACGCUAAUGACGACUAUGACCAGGAAGAUCCGGAUGAUGAUCUUGACGUGUGAUAAUCUUUUCUUCAAAGACAUGACGCAAAAUGCCCGCCCUACCUUCCGGGGCAAAACAAGGGACUGGUUUGCUGUGCAUUGAGUGCCAUUCUUAGAUGAACGCCUAAGUCACCUGGUUUUCGUAGGAGUGUGACAAUAUGUGUAUAUACUAAACUGUCCAGGUAUUUAACCUCAGUACAAUUAUCCAUACAUCUGCCCGUGUAUUGAUAUUUUUUGCUACUAUUACCUUCUUUCAUCAUUCCUCAUCAUUUAUUGGAACCCCAGUCUUGCAUGUUUAGGGGGCCAUCCUUCUACAAGUGGCUGGAAAUUUGACGGAUGUCACAGACGAAGAAGAAACAAACAGAGGCGGUUGAACUUAAGAGUUAUAUUGUGGAUCGAGGUGCUUGUCAUGAAAAAUUAUCAAAUAAAUAAUAUUUGUCCAUUA